AUGGAGGGCACCCCCGCAGCCAACUGGAGCUUCGAGUUGGACCUCGGGAGUGGAGUGUCGCCGGGGGUGGAGGGGAACCUCACAGCCGGGCCACCGCAGCGCAACGAGGCCCUGGCACGCGUGGAGGUGGCGGUGCUGUGCCUCAUUCUGUUCCUGGCGCUGAGCGGCAACGCGUGCGUGCUGCUGGCGCUGCGCACCACACGCCACAAGCACUCGCGCCUCUUUUUUUUCAUGAAGCACCUGAGCAUCGCUGACCUGGUGGUGGCUGUGUUCCAGGUGCUCCCGCAGCUGCUGUGGGACAUCACCUUCCGCUUCUACGGGCCCGACCUGCUGUGUCGUCUGGUCAAGUACUUGCAGGUGGUGGGCAUGUUCGCUUCCACCUACCUGCUGCUGCUUAUGUCGCUCGACCGCUGCCUGGCCAUCUGCCAGCCGCUGCGCUCUCUGCGACGCCGAACCGACCGCCUGGCGGUGCUAGCGACAUGGCUGGGCUGCCUGGUGGCCAGCGCGCCGCAGGUGCACAUUUUCUCGCUGCGCGAAGUGGCGGACGGUGUUUUUGACUGCUGGGCUGUCUUCAUCCAGCCUUGGGGACCCAAGGCCUAUGUCACGUGGAUCACGCUUGCCGUCUACAUUGUGCCUGUCAUAGUGCUGGCCGCCUGCUAUGGCCUCAUCAGCUUCAAGAUCUGGCAGAACCUGCGACUCAAGACGGCGGCGGCGGCGGCCGAGGGGACUGAGGGAUCUGCUGCCGGUGGAGCUGGGCGCGCGGCGCUGGCUCGAGUCAGUAGCGUCAAGCUCAUCUCCAAGGCCAAGAUCCGCACAGUGAAGAUGACCUUCAUCAUUGUACUGGCCUUCAUUGUGUGCUGGACGCCUUUCUUCUUCGUGCAAAUGUGGAGCGUCUGGGACGUCAAUGCGCCCAAGGAAGCUUCUGCCUUCAUCAUCGCCAUGCUCUUGGCCAGCCUCAACAGCUGCUGCAACCCCUGGAUCUACAUGCUGUUCACGGGCCACCUCUUUCAUGAACUUGUGCAGCGCUUUCUCUGCUGCUCUGCCCGCUACCUGAAGGGCAGCAGGCCCGGAGAGACGAGUGUCAGCAAGAAAAGCAACUCGUCCACCUUCGUCCUGAGUCGCCGCAGCUCCAGCCAGAGGAGCUGCUCUCAACCAUCUUCAGCAUGAGCCACCUGCCUGGCCCACUGCACCUGCAGCGGGGGUUAUGCGGACUCCAGUCUGCCCCUGGUGGCUGUGCGUGGAGUUGUAUAAGGUGCCUAUUGGUGUGUAUCCCUCUCCUCCUUGGGGUGGCUAGCGAGUGGGGGCAUGUUCUGACUUGGGGUGGGGAAAUGUCUCUAUGGGAGAUGCCAGUCACUCAGCCAUCAGAGGGUCUUCUGGGUUCCCACCUGUGCUUCUACUACCCCAACCAGAGUGCUCUCGGGUGGUGGGUGGGCUCUCCUGAACCUGGCUUUCAUUCCAUUAUCUUUCUUACUUAUUUAUCUUGGGAUCUUGUAAAAGGCAGUAAGCCAUGGAUUGGUGACCAGUUAUGUGAGGAAACCCAGUGGGCUGGGACAAGGAAUGGGAAAUGAGGCUUCAGAUACAGAGUGGUGCUGAUUUCCUUGUGACCUGAGUUGUGUGGACAGAUCUUAGCAUCCUCAGGGGCCAGAGUGUCCCAGGAAAACAAUGGGAACAGGAGACUGAAUCGUGAGGCCACCUGCCUCAGGAAGGCAACAAGAACACGGGCUGAAGUGUUGAAGAAGCUGAUGCUUGGUGAACAUUUGGGAAGGAAAAAGAUGAGAGUCAUCCAGGAGAGACAGGACUGGGGAGAACUGUUUGUACACAACACUGAUCCAUGCUUAUGAGACCCUGAGGAACACGCAUGCAUGUGUGCAUGCACACACGUGCAAGUAGCCCCCCCCCCCACUCUGGAGCUGACAGUUGAAUAGCAAGGUUGCAGAGUCCCAGAUCAGUGUGCAAAAGCCAUUCAUAUUUCCUUACACUUCUGGUGAACUUAAGAGAUCCUACGCAUAAAUGUGCCAGAAUGAAUAAGGAAGGGCCAGCGUUAGCCGAGGAAAUGUAUGACUUCUGUCCUGAAAGCUGCAAACACCAUGGAAGGAAAUGAGAGGAGACUAAAUAAACAGGGACACCUUGUGCUUAUGGAUCAGAGAUGUAAUAUUGUUGGACAGAUUUGAUGUAAUCCUCAUCAAAAUCCUAGCUGGCUUUGGCAGAAAUUGAUAACCCGAUCCUGAAGUUCCGGAGGAAAUGGGAAUUAGGGUAGUUGAAAUGCAUUGGAUUGUGCAGUUGGUGCAUGAUUUUGAGAACAUAUUAAAAGUCACUGAACCAGGGGCUGAGGAGACAACUCACUUAGAGAAGCACCUGCUGAGCAAGUCUGAGAUGCCCCUCAUCCAAGCAGGAGCCAGGCUCAGUGCGUUUGUAACCUCGGCCCUGGAGGGUGAAGACAGGCGCAUCCCAGAGACUUGCUGGCCAGCUGGCCUAGGAGAUUGAUCAUCUUCGGGUUCUCAAAAUAAAUAACUAAAUAAAAAUUAAGGUAGAGAGUGGAGGAAGACAUCUGAAAUUGACCUUUGGUCUCUACACGUGGAUAUACAGCAUGCACACACUCACAGGCAAGCAGACAGACAGACAAACAGACAGACAGACAGACAGACACACACACACACACACACAAAAAAAAAAAAAACCCACGGAACUAAAUACAUUUUAAAAUGUGAAAAAUAAGAGGUCCAAAAACUGAGUUCUGGGAAAGUCAAAAUGAUGAUGCAUUUCUUGGUCUCUCUUCCUCGAGCGCUGGUUCUGUGUCUCACAACCUCCAAGUGUCUGCGGGAGAGGCUGCUUUCUUCUGGCCAGUGAGAGGGGCGAUCACCCCCAUCUGGCUCUAACAAAGGCCCGAGGGAUGCUCUGCAGCGCCGUGCCCUCUCUUCUUUAGAACAGGCAAUUCCUCUGGAGUCUCAAAGGCUUUGUUUACCCAGUAAGUAUGAUUUCAAAUGUCCUCUCAGCCUUGAGGGCAGGACGUGACUCUCUCAGAAAUACCUUCCAUCAUUAAUACAGGACACAACUGACUAGUGGCGUUCUGGCUGUGGCUGGUCACCAUGCACUCCGGAGUACCUUUGAAAUACCCAGAAUUGAUUCUGGACUUCCUGAGAUAUAUCAAGGGUACUUCCCAAAAGCCUUGAAUCUGCAGAUCCACUUUACCACCUCUCCCUGUUUCUGAACACAUUUUCUUCUGCCGCACUGCAAUAUUUGCCCAAACUCACACAUAGACCAUAGGCACACACACACACAGGUAAGUAUGAGAUGGCACAGUCUGGUGUUCAGAGAAGGGGGAGCCAUGGGCUACAGUGCCCAUGUUCAGCAUCCACAGUUUAAGGCGUGCUUGUUGGCACCAGCUGGAGACAGAAGGCGAGGGCAUCUUUGGACUCAGGGGCAUUGCACAGUGGCCCACCUCAUGCAUGUCACCACCAGCUAGUUCUUUGAGAAGCUGACAGGAUUCUGCUUUGGGGCAUCUGUGCCUAUGUUCUAGGCCACCCGGGUGGCCAGGGUGUACACAUGGCAGCAGGGUGGGGGUCUGUUGGCAUCUGUAUCUUGAAGAUGUCAUUCGUCCCUGCUGUUCACUGAGUAUUUGCCAUUCUUAGAGAAAGGAGGUGUCGCCAGGGGUCAACGGGACAGUAACUCAGAUAUUCUGACCAGGGGCACCACGUUUGGACAUCGAAACCUCCGGGGGACACUGUGUCAUUCUGUGCGAAAGCUCUAGCUGGUACCUUGGGUCUUGUUAUGGUCCUGACACCUGUGUCUGUGACAUAAAUGACAAUUGACUUCAUCAGCAACAUUGGAUUGGCA